CUUCUGGCUAUAUAAAUUCGGAUGCCGGGGAGCAGCAAUUAUCAGUCUACUGCCUGAGAACCAAGCAACAACAAGCAACAACCCAGCAACAUGUUCAAAUUCUUCGCUCUCUGCCUCUUCGCUGUUGUGGCCUGCGUGGCUGCCAAGCCCGCGGUGAUUGCUGCCCCACUGGCGUACAGCGCCUACUCCGCCCCCCUGGUGGCUGCCUCCCCCUACUCGUCUGCCUACACUGCCCCCGCCUACGCUGCCUACUCCGCCUACUCCGCCUAUCCCUAUGCCUCUGCCUACUCCGCAUACCCCUACGCCGCCUACUACCGCUAGGCCAAGGAUAAUCCGCACACUGGAACGACUGGCAACUGGACCCAACCACAGCCCACAUCCCCCAACUGCACCACCAAUCCGCAACACUCUGCACUGCCCCAAAUGCACAGCAAAUGGGAACAGGAAUGGGAACUCUGCAGCACACUGGAAUAUACCAAAAUCAUUGUUGAAAUAAAUAAUCUGCAUUUUGCGUUAAACGUA